ACAGUUUCGACGAUUAGCGUUCGACAGCAUCUACAAACGGUUAGCUGCGAGGUAGUAUGUCCGCAUUGUCGGAUUGAAGCGGCGAAAUGUUCUUGCGCCCCUCAAACCGCGUCAUUUGGGCUGUGGCGUCUGCGGCGUGUUUUGCGCGUGCACUGCAGCUGGCUGUGCGUCGCCGCCCUUUGUCUGCUUCGGUCAUUCUUCGCCUCCGCAGCUUAGGCGACGUGGCGACUGUCGCGCACAUAAAACGGGCUGUCGUGGGCAACGCAUGCCCGUACGCUCUGCGCCCCCCUCUCCUGCACUUCACACCGGCCCACGAUCUCACGAUCUCGUGAAAAUUUGCGUCUUUGCGUUGAUUCUCUCUCCUGUU